AUGGCACUAAAUAAUCAGAUCGAAUGGACGCAGCGACGGAAGGGAUCGUGCUGGACGACAACAGCGACGCUCCAUCUGACCAAGAGAUGGCUCGAACGUCAGCGUCUACGUCCCUCCAAUGUCUCCAGUACCGCAACCGAUGCACAAUCACUCCACCGUCUACGCGGGGCGGCGCUGGCGAUGGCUGCUGCUCUUGAGACGAAGGAACCCAGCGCCAAUCGGAGCACGGUCAAAAAGCGUAAUAGAACACCUAGGGAUCAAUCGACGAAGAAGAAAGCAACCAACAGAAAGGCUGAUGUAAGUGAUCGAUCUGGAGACUCCGAACCGAAAUUCUCAACAACGAUACGCGAUACAUCGGCGUCUCUAUCGCGGCCCCCAUUACCCAAACCAGUGCCAGCGAGGAAAUCCGUGGCGGCGCCAUAUACUGCUGCACAACGGACAAGUCAAGUGCGUGGAAGAGAGACGGACGUGUUUGGCCGAUAUGACUGCCGUAAAUCUGAUUCUGCAACCAAAAUACCAACAAGCAAAGCGAAGUCUGUCUCGCCGUCAUCAGCGUCUGCAGUUACUGAAAAUUCGUUGUCUCCACCGUCACCAUUACCAGAACCGAGAAAGAAGCGGAGAGUAUUUACUUACCUCGACACAGAUCACGUGGCGCUCGUUGACCUGCAGGCUCAAGAGCGAGAGCUGGCGUGGAUUCAGUCGCAGCACACGCAGAUUCAAAAUACAUCUCGUCCCACCAAGCCUGCUGCGCAGAAGCGCAAGACGUGUCAUGAAACUUAUAUGGACGGCAACUCGGAUGCCAAUAGCGUGGUUUACUCGGUAGAACCAGCAGAAAGCGAUUACUUCCAAGCUCAAAGCAAGACGAAGGUCAAUCAACCAGUUGCGACCGAUCGAAUGCCUCCGCCAUAUUCGCACGAAACAGACACUUUGGCAAGUUACUGCGCGAUACUGGACAACUUCGGCCAGCCGACUCAGUGCAUUUCAUCCGUGUUUCCAGUCGAGGAGGCAAAGCCACAAAGCGAUGUCACUCUCGCAGUGAGCUUCCUGGUAACGGCACAUCUCCCUAUUAUUCGCCGCUGUCAUCGAAGGAAGGUGCAAGCGAUCCUGGCAGAGGCUCGCUGGAAGAUUGCAGCUUAUCAAGCAGCAUUGAAGACGCCCAAGAAAGGCCCACGUGGUAAGAAUGAGAUGAGAUCGCAUGUGCUUCCCCACCCGACAGUCGAGAAGCACGCCGUGAGGCAAUGUAAAGCAGCGCAACACCCGUGCAGAGGAAGCGUCUUGUUUCAAAUUGGUCGUGGUGACAGCUUCGUGCGAGAGAGAAUCGUGUCGUCCCUGAUCCAGAUUAACCGGGUUGAAAUGACUCGAUCUCUGUGGAAGUAUACGGCGAGCAUUGGGUUGCGUGCCAACUAUCGCGUUGAUGACGACCCGAUCCUACGCUACACGGCUAGUACAAGACGGAAUGGAACUGACGGAGGUGAGUUGGCGAAGAAGUACAGGUUACAGAUAGGCAGCGUGGCUGAUGAAGAGGUAGCGGAAUUCGUUUUGAGGCUGGUGGUUGGUCGUCUUGGUGACUCGGAGCAAGUGUUUCAUGCGCUGAAGAGCGAGCUCGGCUUCUCCCAGGCGUACACAGCCUACAGCGAGUUAAAGAAGCUUCAUGAUUCGAGGCAGUGA